UCUGUGAUGGGACUGUCCUGCCUGGGAAGGCCGAGGGCGGGAGGGAGGGAGACAUAGUGACUUCCGUUUCCUUCUCCUAGGCCGGGGCCCAACGUCCAGCAGAGUUGGGUUUUCCUGAUCCGGGCUCGGGCCGCCCCUCCUCCGGGACCCUCCCCUCGGGAACCGUCGCCCGCGGCGGUUAGUUAGGACUGGAGUGCUUGGCGCGAAAAGGUGGACAAGUCCUAUAUUCCAAAGAAGAUGACUUUUAACAGUUUUGAAGGAUCUAGAACUUUUGUACCUGCAGACACAAAUAAGGAUGAAGAAUUUGUAGAAGAGUUUAAUAGAUUAAAAACAUUUGCUAACUUCCCAAGUAGCAGUCCUGUUUCACCAUCAACAUUGGCACGAGCGGGAUUUCUUUAUACCGGUGAAGGAGACACCGUGCAGUGUUUCAGUUGUCACGCGGCAGUAGAUAGAUGGCAGUAUGGAGACUCAGCUGUUGGAAGACACAGGAGAAUAUCCCCAAAUUGCAGAUUUAUCAAUGGUUUUUAUUUUGAAAACGGUGCCGCACAGUCUACAAAUCCUGGUAUCCAAAAUGGCCAGUACAAAUCUGAAAACUGUGUGGGGAACAGAAACCAUUUUGCUCUUGACAGGCCAUCUGAGUCUCAUGCAGAUUAUCUCUUGAGAACUGGACAGGUUGUAGAUAUUUCAGACACCAUAUAUCCGAGAAACCCUGCCAUGUGUAGUGAAGAAGCCAGAUUGAAAUCAUUUCAGAACUGGCCAGACUAUGCCCACUUAACCCCCAGAGAGUUAGCUAGUGCUGGCCUCUACUACACAGGGAUUGAUGAUCAAGUGCAAUGCUUUUGUUGUGGUGGAAAACUGAAAAAUUGGGAACCCUGUGAUCGUGCCUGGUCAGAACACAGGAGACACUUUCCCAAUUGUUUCUUUGUUUUGGGCCGGAAUGUUAAUGUUCGAAGUGAAUCUGGCGUGAGUUCUGACAGAAAUUUCCCAAAUUCAACAAAUUCUCCAAGAAAUCCAGCCAUGGCAGAAUAUGAAGCACGGAUCAUUACUUUUGGAACAUGGAUAUACUCAGUUAACAAGGAGCAGCUUGCAAGAGCUGGAUUUUAUGCUUUAGGUGAAGGCGAUAAAGUGAAGUGCUUUCAGUGUGGAGGAGGCCUCACGGACUGGAAGCCAAGUGAAGACCCCUGGGAGCAGCAUGCGAAGUGGUAUCCAGGGUGUAAAUAUCUAUUGGAUGAGAAGGGGCAAGAAUAUAUAAAUAAUAUUCAUUUAACCCAUUCACUUGGGGAAUCUUUGGUAAGAACUGCUGAAAAAACACCAUCACUAACUAAAAAAAUCGAUGAUACCAUCUUCCAGAAUCCUAUGGUGCAAGAAGCUAUACGAAUGGGAUUUAGCUUCAAAGACAUUAAGAAAACGAUGGAAGAAAAAAUCCAAACAUCUGGGAGCAGCUAUCUAUCACUUGAGCUUCUCAUUGCAGAUCUUGUGAGUGCUCAGAAAGAGAAUAUACAGGAUGAGUCAAGUCAAACUUCAUUGCAGAAAGACAUUAGUACUGAAGAGCAGCUAAGGCGCCUACAAGAGGAGAAGCUUUGCAAAAUCUGUAUGGAUAGAAAUAUCGCUGUAGUUUUUGUUCCUUGUGGACAUCUGGUCACUUGUAAACAGUGUGCUGAAGCAGUUGACAAAUGUCCCAUGUGCUACACAGUCAUUACGUUCAAACAAAAAAUUUUUAUGUCUUAAUCCAGCACCACAGUAGGCAUGUUAUGUUCUUCUUACUCUAAUUGAAUGUGUGAUGUGAGCGAACUUUAAGUAAUCAGCAUUGCAUUCCAUUAGCAUCUGCUCCCAAAUGGAAACAAAUGGUAACAGCGCUGUUUCGGGCUAAACAUUCCAUUUCUAGAUCAUUCAGGUUAUCAGCUGUAUCAUUUAUCCAGUGUUUUACUCACAUGAAACCUUAGACAAAGAAACGUUUUAUAACUUUUCACAUGUAUACGGUAGUAGGUUAACUUCAUUUCUAUGUGUGAAUUAAUCACCUGCAUUUUUCAUUCCUUCUGCAUAAGCUUAACAAAUGGAGUAUUCUGUAUAAGCAUGGAGAUUUGAUUUAAUCUGCAUUUUAAUUUGCUUAUUGUAAACAGGGAAAGAACUGUUCCAUACUGCUAGGAGGAUAAGCAUUGUUUUUAGAUGUUUGUUUCUGUGUUUUAGGAUUCUGCCCAUUUACUUGGAAUUUAUUGGAAUUAUAAAUGUACUUAUAUGAAUAUUUUUAAGUGAUUUUUGCCAUCUCCUAAAAGAUAUAAUGGUAGACUACCUUCUAACCAGCAUGUACUGACAUGGAAAGGCAACACAGAUAUAGUAAGUGUAAUAUACAAGUGGAAAACACUGUAUCUAGUUGGAGCCAAAUUAACGUGUGUGUAUUUUGUAUCUAUACAGGACAAGAAGGUUUAGAAAGAUAAUUAUCACACUCUUAAAUAUAUUUUUCUUCAGGGGGUGGGGGGGUGGGUCUUAGAAGGGUUUAUAGAGCCCUUCACUUUUUUUUCUUCAUUUUUUUUCUGUUUGCAGGUUUUAUAAGUAUGUAUUACUUUUAUAAUCAGAGUUCUUAGUAAAUACUUUGCUGAUUUAAAGGCUUAGGCAUGUUCAAACGUCUGCAAAACUACUUAUCGCUCAGUUUUAGUUUUUCUAAUCCAGGAAGGCAGGCCAGUUAACUUUUCUGGUGCCAAUGUGAAAUUUAAAUGUUUUUAUUUUACCUGCUUUGUGGAUGAAAAAUAUUUCUGAGUGGUAGUUUUCUGACAGGUAGAUCAUGUCUUCUUAUCUUGUUUCAAAAUAAAUAUUUCUGAUUUUGUAAAAUGAAAUAUAAAAUAUGUCUCAGAUCUUCCAAUUAAUUAGUAAGGAUUCAUCCUUAAUCCUUGCUAGUUUAAGCCUGCCUAAGUCACUUUACUAAAAGAUCUUUGUUAACCCAGUAUUUUAACCAGCUGUCUGCUUACAUAGGUAAAUGUAGAAGCGUGUUGUAUAUGGCUUGUAGUUUUAGUGUUGGCUCUCCAUGUUGAGAUUCUCAAUGUCAUUUUGUGUCCUAAAAGUUUCAUGUAGUUUUUGAUGUUCUGAUGAUUAAGAUGUAUAUAGUACAAAAUGUUCAGUCUUUUAUUGUUUUAUGUUUGUUUGUUUUCAUGACUAGUAAUAGUAGUGGAUACUUUAAAAAUAUUUUCUCAAGAUCCUUAAGACCUUGGAAAUUGUAACAUACUAACAAGAGUAGUUGUUUGAAUAUUUUUAACAACUUGUAUAAGUCAAUAUGAAUACAAUCAAAAGCUAAGAUGCUUCAUAGAACACAGGAUUCACCUUAAGUAAUUAUCAUGAUAGACCUCUUGCAAAGACUGGUCUAUUUUACUACAGAGAACAGUUUGGGAGUGAAACUGUUACAAUUUAGACUUUUUGUUGUAUUUUCUAAGAGAAAGAGUAUUGUUAGGUUCUCCUAACCUCUGUUGACUACUAUGGUAAGUGAUGUUAUUUUAAUUGCAAAUUUAAAUAGAAACCAACAAAAUUAAGUAACUGACUGCCCUUUUCUCUCUCUCUCUCUCUCUUUUUUCAUGAAAAUCCUUAGUUCUCUAUAGUGUCUUCUGCUUAGGUUUGGUUAUAUAAUCAUUAGGUUACAUUUGAUCUAAGUUGACUAAGAUUUCAAUUUCAAUUUAUAUUUUAAGCAUUUUACCAGGGAAUAAAAGUGUUAGUUUUAAAAACUGUUUCCAAGGCACUUCAGGUACAAGUCAUAUAGGUAGUUUGUUUAAUCUAGUUGUUAGCCUAGGACUUAAAAACUGAAUGUUUUCAAAUAAGGCUUUUCUUGUUCUCAGAGCCUCAGUUCAUUAAAACCCUUUUAAAACCUGUGUGCUGAGAGUUAAGCAAGACCUCUUUUCUUGUCUUCCUGUGUUGCGAAACUGAAUUCAUGGAGCUGAUGUGGCUAACAAGUUUAUUUUAGGAAUUGUUUAGAAAAUGCUGUUGCUUCGGGUUCUUAAAAUCACAGCACUCCAACUCUAAUCAACUUAUUGGAGACUUAGCAGAGUUGGUCUGAAAUUACACUAAAAAAUAAGCACUGGAUCCUUUCCAAUAUGGUUGUGUAAAAAAAAAAAAAAUGGUCCCUUGGAAGGUCACACUAUAACCAGAUCUGAAUUCCCACCCCUGAGAGAGUUCUCAGUGUCUGUGUGUUGAUGUUCUCUUUCUGUAUAAAGUUCACUCUAGAAUUUUAAAGGAACCACCCAUUUUACUACAUAUUAGUCAUGUGAAAUUUGAAGUUAUUUCGUAAUAGUUACUUUAUUUGUUAUUUACUAUGUUGAUCAAAAUUUUUGUGAGUGUUUAGCAUUUAUUAAAGUAUUCUCUUUCCUCCUAGACUUUUUGCCUCUUCCUGUAGUUAGGGGUAGAGGCAAGGUGAGUGUAGUAAGUGAAUACAAUGUGAUCUUACUGUGGUAGGAUAGUUUGUUGUUGUCUUGUUAUUUACUGUGUGUUUUAUCGGUUUUAUUUUAGUAAGAUUUGUAUUUUGAGCUCUCUGAAUGGAAACUGCCACUCCAACAUUAGCUACAUGCAUUGUUCCCAUUAGACCUAAAUCUUAUUAUACUUCUCAGUACCUAGAUACUGAAUAGAGGAAGAGGAGGAAUGAAGUGGACUGUCACUGCUAUUAGAGAAACAAGAAAAUGGUUGGAAAAAUAUUUGACAUUUUAGUCAAAUCUUCUCUUUUUAAAAAGGUAGCCAUCAGUGAAGAAAGGAACUAGUCAAAUAGGCUUGAGAACCUGAAUUCAGAUCCCCAGAACCCAUAUACAAGCUGAGUGCAGCCAGGUGGUAGUAGCACACUCCUUUAAUCCCAACAUUUGGGAGGCAGAGGUAGACAGAUUUCUGUGGGUUUGAAGCCAGACUGGUCUACAGAAUGAGUUUCAAGAUAGGGAACCCUGUUUCAGAAAACAAAACAAACAAAAAGCUGAGUGCACUAGCCCAAGUACCUGGAAUCCCAGAAUGCCUAUGUGAAAUAGGAAGUAGAUAGGAGAAUUCCAGAAGCUCAUGGUCAACUAAUGGCUUAUGUAGUAAUGAAGAGGCACCAUGGUAAACAAGGUGGGAGGUGAGGGCCCACUAACAUCCAAAGGUUAUCUACUGCCUCCGCACAUAUACCAUGGCAGAUGUCCACUUACACCCAGACACACACACACAAAAGAGAAAAACAAGAGUAUUAAUACAACCAUCUUCCAAGAUGAUGGAACACAACUCAACAACAUCUUAUAUACUCUUAAGUGUUAGCUCUCAUCCUAAAACUUUUCGAAUUCUCCAUGGGUUUGUCUUGAUGGAGGAUCUUGGACUAAAGCUUAAAAGAGGGCCUGGAAAAAUAACUCAGCUGUUGAGGGUACUUGCUGCUUUUUCAGAGGACUUAGGUUCAGGUCCCAGCAUGAUGGCUCACACGGACAUGGAACUCCAACUCUGGUGCCAACUUCUGGCCUCCAGGGGUGCAUGCAUGCAUGUACACAUACACAGUCAUACGCCCACACAUAAAAUAAAAAUAGUCUUUAAGCUUAAAUGAAACUCUUAUGUUAACUUUUUUCACUAUUAUUUGUUUCUCUGGAUGCUUCUUGUAACAAAGCUAUAAAUUGUAAUAAAUAGUUCAAUCCUUUAAAAAUAAUUAAAUUACUUUUUUAAAAACUAGAAAAAAUAUUCUUACUAAAUUCGGUUGUCCUAAUAGAAACAGUCAGCUUAUUCCCAUCUUAAUAUUUUAGUUUGGCUCUGAAAUAUUUAGUGCAAUGUAGAUUUCUUCCUUACAUAAUGAAAUUACAGACUAUCAGAGCUAGAAAUGACCUUAGAAAGUCACUUAUUCACACUACUACCACUUUCAUUUUAUUGUUGAGGCAACUACUUAAAAGAGAAGUAAUUGGCUCGAAGUUAUAUAGCUAAUUAGUGAUAGGUUCCUUACUGGGCCAUAGUUUGAGGUUGAAAAACCUCACCAUACCAGCCAAUCGUCCUGGAAGUCUCAGGUUUUCAACUAUUCAUUCUAUUACACUCUUCUCAGUGCACAGUAAGUGGUGCUUUAGUUUCUACAGUAGGAAAAUUGCUGAUAUUUUCAAAUUAAACAAUAUGACAGUAAUGCAUGAGUGGUAAAGUUCUCUUUUGGAGGCUUAAGGUUGCAAUUGUGAGUAUACCUGUUUGGCAUUUACUAUGUGCUUAUAUAUUAUUAACGAGCAUUUAAGAUUACUAUGUAAGUAUAUUUUAUCACUGUCUAUACUUAACAAACUUGCAUUUUUAUGUAAUAAUUACUUUAAUGUAAUUUGGUUUUGCAUUUUUGUUAUACUUUACCUGAAUGAUCAGUUCUUUUGUCAUGUGUUGUACUAUAUUUGUGAAUAUAAUUUUAUGACUCCUUUUUGUUCAUUUAAUGGAUUCUUUUCUUUCAUUAUGAGAAUUGCUUUCUACUCUAUAAUCUGUCAUUUGUUGUAGAUUAAAAAUUAUUUUUCUGUGAAUAAGACUUAUUCAAUAAAGCACUAUUCUUUAAAAUGUU